AAGUAAUAUUUUCGUCAACAGUCACCAGCGAAGUACAACGCAAAAACCAUAAUUUUUAUCACAUACAGACCUUCCAGUGACUAUUGAUUGUAACCAUGGCAACUCAUCUCCCCGCGUCCAGUCCGGGCACCCCCCAGGAAAAGAGGCCCCUGGAGGAUAGCUUUACUAAUGGGGUGUCUGAUAAUGAGGUCUGGAAACGAGAACCCAGUCACAGAGUGUUUGUAAACAGAAGUUUGAAUUUGGACAAGAUCAAAUUCUUUGGCUUUGAUAUGGAUUACACACUUGCAGUGUAUAAAUCCCCCCAGUACGAGACCAUGGGGUUCAACAUGUUGAAAGAACGUUUGAUCACGAUUGGUUAUCCAGCAGACAUCAAAGAAUUUGAAUACGACCCCACAUUUCCUUGCAGAGGACUUUGGUUUGAAAAACAAUAUGGAAACCUGUUGAAGGUAGAUGCCUAUGGAAACAUACUGGUGUGUGUACAUGGCUUCAAAUUUCUGAAAGGGUCAGAAAUAGGAGAAUUAUACCCCAACAAGUAUAUCAACCUGGAUGAGAAGAGAGUCUAUGUUCUCAACACACUAUUUCACCUCCCAGAAACCUACAUGCUUGCCUGCCUGAUUGAUUACUUCACAACCAGUGAAGAAUUUGAGAGGACAACAGAAGGGGUGAGGUGUGGAGAACUAUAUAUGUCCUUCAAGUCCAUUUUCCAAGAUGUCAGGGCUGCUGUAGACUGGGUCCAUUACUAUGGAAGUCUUAAAAAGGACACAGUUGCCAAUUUGGAGGAGUAUGUCCACAAAGACCCAAGACUGCCUAUACUACUGGACAGAAUUCGUGAAAGUGGAAAGAAGACCAUGAUUAUCACAAACAGUGAUUACGAGUAUUCUAAUAAAAUUAUGGAAUAUCUGACAGACUUUCCAGAGACACAAGGGAGGAAAUGGACAUCUUACUUUGACUACGUUGUUGUGGAUGCUAAGAAACCUAUAUUCUUUGAAGAAGGGACCAUCCUUAGAAAAGUAGACACAACUUCCUGUAAACUAAGUAUUGGGCACCAUAUGGGGAAACUUGAACAACACUGUGCUUAUUCUGGAGGGUCCUGUGAGGUUAUAUCUCAGAUGAUCGGAGCCCAGGGUAAGGACGUGUUGUACGUGGGAGACCACAUAUUUGGGGAUAUUUUACGGUCAAAGAAGCAGAGAGGAUGGAGGACAUUUCUGGUGGUUCCCGAGCUUUCCACAGAACUCCAUGUAUGGACUGAUCAGUCGGAACUGUUCAACAAAAUCAAAACUCUGGAACAAACCUUAAGCUAUAUCUACAAAAACCUAGACAGUAGUAAUUUGGAAAAACCAGACAUAACAAAUGUCCAGAGAGCCAUGAUGGACACAGUGCAUGACAUAGACCUGAAAUAUGGAAUGCUGGGAAGUCUAUUCCGAAGUGGUUCGCGGUUGACCUUUUUCUCCUCCCAGGUCCAGCGGUUCGCUGAUAUUUAUGCGGCCUCUGUCAUCAACCUUAUACAUUACCCCUUUACUUACAUGUUCAGAGCACCCGCAAUGUUGUUACCUCAUGAAUCGACUGUGUCACAUGAGACGACAGCACCAACUGAUGACUUUACCAUUGCAAGACAACGAUCUAUAAAUUCUGGGUCCAAGUACGCUAAAGUUUCCCACCUACCACACUCUCGUCCGUCCACACCCACCAAGGUCACCCAUCACCACGACGACGACGACUUUGAAGAGACCAGUAGUAACAGCAGUGAUAAAUCAUCGUAAUUAUCUCACGUUUCUAACACGGCUGUGAAUUCGGGUUUCAAUGUGCAAUGAAAAUCAGUUCAGGAACUUGUUUGUUCACAUUGGUUGUCAAAUACCAUUUGCCCUGAUUUUUUUUUUUUUAUUUCGUACCUCUCAAGUAAGCUAACUUGAAAGGCACUGCCAAUAAACGUUUUAUUUAAUGUUUGCCUAAAACCAUUAGUGCUGUAUUUCGAUAUAAUGUUUAGUUUAGUACAAAAUUUAUAUACAUGUUGUGUAUUUUGAAGCUGACCGGAUCUUGGUGUAUAUAUUUAUUCUUUGUAUAUGAGAUAUACAGUGUAUAUUUUCUAUUUUUAUGUCAUGCAGUUUCUUUUUCUUUCUUUAUAUUUCAACUGUUGAAUUACAUAUUUUUGAGUACACAUGUAUAUGUAAAGUCUAGUCAAAUGUUUCACAAUUUUUCUAGAAUUUCACAUUUUUAACCUGAUUUAUUGAAUUCUAUGUGAUAUAGAAAAAAAAAAAAUUUUUGUAGACAAAAUGGAGUUUUGAAUCUGUGCCAUCAGCUUUACAUAUGGGACCAUUUGAUGCUAAAGUUUUUUUUUACUAUACAUGAAUUUUGCUCCUAUAUUCCCUAAUUCAGUACUUUAAAUAUCAAAAGUUGAAUUUGAAUUCAGAUGGAAGAAAUAUACAUAAACGUAUCCUACUCAUGUACAACUGAACUGAAAUGAUAACCUUAGAAAACCUGAUUAUAAAUUCAUAUCUUCAUUUAACAUGUCAACAGUUAAAAUGAAAAGGGUAUUAUAAAGGUAAAAGUCAUUUAUUAGGAUGGCAUCUCAGUACGUUUAGAGUCAUUUUCAUUAAUUGAAAUCAAAGCUGCUUGUGCAAUAAUGACCUCUGCUGACCUCCCGUUAACUUGUAACAAGCCAAUAGCCAUCAUUUAUAUAACUUUGCUGUAAUCUCCACACACAGUGGACCUCGGGAUUACGUCCAACCAUCAAAUAUUGCAUGACUGUUAUUUUCAGUAUUUAAACUGAUCUUCUUGUACAUGUAUGUGUAUGUGUAAUUUAUAAUUAUCACAAGUGCAAUUACAAGUUUUGAACUUUUUUCGUCUUCAGUGGUAGUCUUGUCUGCACCUAUAUACCAGACAGACUAUUGCAGUGUUAAGUUUAAUGUGUGUGUACAGAUUGUUUGUAGCAGUAUAGUGAUGUUGUCAGUGUUUAUUAGAAGUUAAUGUUAAGUUUUUCAUAGGUACCAGGUGCCUUUAUUUAAUGGUAACAAAGAAAUUGAAAUGGUUUCUUGAAAAUACAACACUGUGAGUUAUGGACCAGUGGUCUUUGUUACAUGUGUCGAGAUCUUACAUUCUAUUUUCUGAUAGUGUUGUGUUUUUUUUUUUAUUUCUGCAAGAUUUUAUUUUUUAUCAGAAUGAUGUGACAUUUGAGAUGGACAGAGAGGGUUAUGAUUAUUUAAAGAAUAAAAAUUUUAGUUAUUUAUGUUAUUUUAGGUUUUUAUUUAAUAUCGAAAUAUGAUUGCAUAUUAGGUACUUAUUCAUGUACAUGUAUUUACCUGGUAUUAUGAUAUUAUAUUCACAUUUUCAGGAGUCAGUAAAGUAGCAUGUAUGCAUUAAAGGUGCUUCACUAGA